CGCGCGUUGCGUCAGUGUUCCGCGAGCUUCCAUCGUGUUUCGUUGGUUUGUUGAGUUUGCUCAAGUUACGCUCGUGUCAAGUUACGGGAGGGAGGGAGUUGCCGCUGCCGCUGCCGCCACUGUCGCUUGCAAGCACGAGAGCUACCGAGAAACCGUCGCGAGACAAAAGUGCCUUCUUCCAUUCGUCGCAAACGGAGAUCUCUCCCAGGAUGGCGGACGACAGCCACGAGAACGGCACUAGUAACGGCGACGUGCCCGAGAUUGAGCUGAUCAUCAAGGCAUCGACGAUCGAUGGCCGUCGAAAGGGAGCCUGCCUCUUCUGCCAAGAGUACUUCAUGGACCUGUACCUUUUGGCGGAACUGAAGACAAUCUCCUUGAAAGUAACCACCGUGGAUAUGCAGAAACCGCCACCUGAUUUUCGCACCAACUUCCAGGCCACACCGCCGCCCAUCCUGAUCGACAAUGGCGACGCGAUACUGGAGAACGAAAAAAUUGAACGGCACAUCAUGAAGAAUAUUCCCGGUGGGCACAAUCUGUUUGUACAGGAUAAGGAAGUGGCAACCCUCGUGGAAAACCUGUUCAGCAAACUCAAGUUACUGCUGUUGAACGCAAAGGACAAGGACAAGGAUCCGAAGUCCUCGUCGCUGAUGGCGCACCUGCGCAAGAUUGACGAGCAUUUGGGCCGCAAGGGUACGCGUUUCCUCACUGGCGACACCAUGUGCUGCUUCGACUGCGAGCUGAUGCCGCGGCUGCAGCACAUCAGGGUCGCCGGCAAGUACUUUGCCGACUUCGAGAUACCGGAGACCCUUGUGCACCUGUGGCGGUACAUGCACCACAUGUACAGGCUGGACGCUUUCCUGCAGAGCUGCCCGGCCGAUCAGGAUAUCAUUAACCACUACAAACUGCAACAGAGUAUGAAGAUGAAGAAGCACGAGGAGCUGGAAACGCCGACCUUCACCACGAGUAUCCCGAUCGAGGUCAACGACGAUUAGGCUGGACCUUCCCUCGAGUCGAGUUUGCGAUCGCGUGACUUCGAUUAGAUACCGAGAUCGGCCUACAGCGAGACGGCGAAUCGCUCCGACGGAGUUUCAGCGACGCGCGCGCCUUUUGUAAUUUAAUAUUCACCAUUUAGCAUCGAAAAACACAGCAGGAGUAUCUUCACGUUGAAACUCCCGUCUUUCUAGCUGCCGCGCCGCGCGCAUCAUUGAUCGAUUUAUAUCUUUAUGUACUAAGCAAUCACUGCUGGAUCGUUGUCGAACUUUCCCCACUUGAGGGACCUGAUCAAGUCGGGUGUACACGGAUUAGCUUUUUUACCGCAAACGACGCAAAAACAUAUGCAAGCGCAUUAAGGCUUUUAAAAAGUCUUACAUAUGAUCCUAGAGCAUCGAUUUUCUCAUCAAUUUUUUUCAUGUUCUCGUUUCUUUUCCUUCCCCCCUUCGCUACGUACGGCACGUACGCGGUACGUAUGUAGUUUUGACCCGAGUAGUAUUAGCAAGAUUUUAAUUUGCUGUUGAUUCGUAGAUUGAAUUUAUCAGAAGAAUGAUUCUGCCGUUCUCAGAGGACGACGAUUGUGAAAACCAAUACCGAGAAUGCAAAAGAAACGUAUGCGUUCGAUGAAAUCGAAUUGGUGCCAUUAUACCAUACCAUUGUGGUCCUUUAAGAUCAUCUUUCUCAAAUGAGAAAGCAUUAUUCCCGAGUGUUCUUUACGUAAGUAAAACUUGAGAUGUAAGACGCUCGAUAUCUUAUUAUCACGCUUUAAUGUAUUCACGCGUUAGGUUCCUCCCCCACUUUGUUGCUGCUUGCUCGCAUCACGAGCUAUCGUAAGAAGAUACUUGAGCACGACUGAAGUAUUUCGCAUUAACGGGACGGGUACGGAGUUCGGAAUCGUUAAUACAUUUUACGGGGCUACGUAUUCUUAAGCGCGAUUGACACGAUGGACUGUGGUCGUUGAUAUGCACACGCGGGAGAGGAAAAAAAAAAGGAAAAACGUUCAGCCGUAUCUCUCUGGCUACUGCACGUGAUUCGUAGUGCGUACGUUUCUUCUGGAUUCCGCGGCGUAACACGAGGCAUUUUGUUAUUCACGUUUCACACUGUUAGCAUUUUCCACCAACGGAUUCGAAGAUUGGAUGAAAUUGGAAACGAGCGUCAGGAAGCGAGCGCUGCGUUCUCCAACGAAAUUCUCUGUGUAUUUUCCAAUAACACAGAAUUCACCGUUCCGUGCAGGAGACGAAAAAUGAGCAAUUGUCUACUCGUAAGCAACUGUCUAUUCCGCAUUAGUAAUUCUAUUAUUAUUACUAUAUUAUUAUUAUUAUUAAUUUUGGUUUAUAUAUCUGUAGAAAUCAAUAUACCAGUGUUUACAGU